CGACAUUUCAAGCGAGACGGAAACAUACAUCCCAAGUAUCGGAUAUGGACGAACCAAACGAACGAUCACCAAUACUGGGAAAAAACAGCUUUAAGAAAAAGGCCGUUCAACCUGGCGAUCUCUCAGACCGGAAACGAUGGUGGUCCAUCAGGGUGAUGUAUUUGACGAUGUUCCUCAGCAGUGUGACCUUCACCUUGACUUUAUCUUCAAUAUGGCCUUUCCUGCAAGUGCUCGACCCAUCCGCGACUGCCGACUUCCUGGGAUGGGUGGUGGCCGCAUACAGUGUUGGACAGCUCGUGGCUUCCCCGUUGUUCGGGAUAUGGGCCAACUGCAGGGGCCAGAGUAGGGAACCUCUCGUGGCCUCCAUUACACUCGGUAUAGGGGCGAACAUCAUGUACGCCUAUCUGCAGACCAUCCCGGGGCCCAAAGGACUUUUAAUGAUCAUUUCUCGUGGGCUCAUAGGCUUUGGUGCAGGAAACGUGGCCGUGGUGAGAGCAUAUGUAGCCGGUGCGACCAAUAUGUCUGAACGAACCCCUGCAAUGGCUAAUGUCAGCAUAUUCCAGUCCGUUGGAUUCAUCCUUGGGCCAAUUAUCCAGUCUGCCCUGGUGCCCAUCUCCUAUCCAGGGCUCGUCGAGCGACCUGAAUUCCACCUCAACAUGUACACCGCACCCGCCAUCUUGGGCGCCAUAUGUUGUACAGUCAACGUGGUGCUACUGUUUGUGGUUUUUAAAGAAUUCCAGGUGCAUGAUGACAUCGUCAUCAACAACAUUCAAAGCUCAUACGAAGAAUCAGUCAAGAAAUACAAGCCGGAUUACUUCGCCGUUAUAUACUGCAUCAUCAUCUUCUUUGUCGUCCUCUUCAUCUUCACGAUUUUUGAAACAAUUGCAACGCCCCUGGGGAUGGACAUGUUUGCCUGGACUAAGAAACAAUCGACGCUGUAUGUGGGGAUCAUUCUUGCGUCGUGUGGAGUGGAAGCAAUUGGAGUGUUUGUCGUCCUGAAGAUCGCCAGCAGAAGGAUAAACGAACGGUACCUUCUAAUCAUGGGGUUUGUGCUGUGCUUUCUGGGAUACUUUGUUCAACUUCCGUGGGGAGAUGGACUCCCGGUGAGAGCUCCAGCAGUAAUGGUGGCUAGUCAAACAGUUGAGCCGACAGGGGUCUUGAAGAGCACGCUGGAUAGUCUCAUGUCUCCAGGCAGCAACUCCACCGAUGGCGGUAUCAUCACCAUGCUGGUAGACAAUGUGACGACCACACUGUCAACAUUAGAUACGACUAUUGCGCCGUUGACGAAGACGGCGAUAGAAGACGCAAAGUCACUUGUCACCGAAGCUUCGGUAGGAACUGCAGCAACGUUAACGUCAAACAUCACAGAAGCCGUCAUGUCGACUGCGAAGGUGUUAACUACAACCACAGCAACGACAACCAUCUCAGAUUCGAUUCUUUCAACGGCGGAGACAUUGACGACAACCGCUGCAACGACAACCAUCUCAGAUUCGAUUCUUUCAACGGCGGAGACAUUGACGACAACCGCUGCAACGACAACCAUCUCAGAUUCGAUUCUUUCAACGGCAGAGACCUUGACGACAACUGAAGCCACGACGACCAUCACAGACGCUAUCCUGUCAACAGCAGCAACAGCAUCCACAUCAACGCCACAACACACCACAGAACACAUACUAUCAACAUAUUCCACAACUGUAAGCAAUAUGACGUCGACACCGCACAGCAACGUUUCUACAACAGUAGAACCAGUUGGUUGCCCUUCAACCAUGGACUGGUGUAACCACACGCCUCCUGUGUAUCUGGCUCAGUACUUAGUUGGGUGUAUUAUAAUAUCAGCUGGGUACCCGGCAGCAAACGUCAUGUGUUAUACUCUCUUCUCCAAAAUACUUGGUCCCAAACCGCAGGGAAUGUGGAUGGGCUGGCUGACAGCGUCCGGCAGUCUGGCAAGAACCCUGGGGCCAAUAUUCGUGUCACAGAUAUAUUAUUCAUUCGGACCUCGCGUGACAUUCGCGGCAGACUGCGCCGUUAUUCUUGUGACAAUUCUUGCCAUUAUCGCUGUGUUCAAAAGACUUGUACCCUGUAAGUAUACAACGGAUUACCAACACCAGAAUGGGACUUCAGUCAACUAGAGAACAAGUGCCAGUUUCUCAAUAAACCUUUGUGAUAUAGGAUGUGCGGUCCUAGAGGAAUGACGAAACAGUCCUCCGCUGGGAUACAGGGACAAUAUUGUUUGACCUAAUCUGGUCAGACAUCAUCAACGAAGUUGACGUUGCUAAAGUCUGACACGAAUACUUCAAACUAUAUCGCGCAUGCUAGUGCGUAUGUGCGUCCCUUUUCCAAUGACAUAAUUUACAAGAAAAACAUCUCCACCACUCCAGCAGAAAUCUAUUUAUUUAUUUUUUUUUUUUUUAUUUUUUUUUUUAAAUUUAUUUACCGAAGUCAUAAUUAGUUCGGCUGCAUCACGGCGGUCAGUGGUCGGCGGUCGAGGCUUGACGAGACAAACCGGUGGUUGAUAUCAUGACCAACGCCCCAUGCCUUCUGUGUACGCACAGUGUAUGAUCUCAUACAGUGCAAACCGGAUAUAGUGCGCUGUACGUUCGUACUCGUUCGUUCGAACAGGUAUGCUCGACCAGAAACGUUUAUUUAAAGGCAAAUACAGUAUAAUAUCACAUGCAAAUAGGCUACGCUUCAUCAAUAGAUAACUUGGACAUAGUAUUUACAGUAAUUAUUAGCGAGAUAUCUGUAUGUUAAUGAAAACACAAAGUUUUUCACCUCUUGCGCAUCGAGCCAAAUUCUACCAGCUUGUGCACUUUCGCUUUUACUCAUAUAUACCAUCAUGUUAGCCUACAGAGCUACCAGUAUUCUAUUCGUAAUCGAUUUUACAAUGUAUGUGAGACUUUUCAUGAUUCAAAGUUGUUUAGUUAUGACGUUAUCAAUAAGUUCACUCGCAACAAUGCAGCAUCACUGUACUGGAUUAUAGCCGAAACCAUUUGUUUCUCUAGAUCUGUACGGAAUAUAGCGCGUAUCUGAAUAACUUCCUGACUGAGAGCUUAUUUAAGGUGGGCUUUAUUGGCAUUUCUGGAAACAUCCAACGUAUGUAUAUAUUGUGGUAGCAUAUCUUCAAAGUAUGUUAUUGCAAAUCGUGAAGGAAUACAUGAAAUUGCUUAAACAUUCGAAGGAUUUAUUUACUGCAAUUUAAAGAAUCUUAGUCAUCUGUUCUUAGUUUGUUAUCACAGACACAUGUCAAUAAACUCGAUUGCAUAAUUCUAUCUUUGGUGAAUAUCGUUAUUAAAUUGUAACUAUAGGUUUACAUAUAACAAUGAUAUAUUGACGAGUUUAUAGUUCAUGCAUACAUUAGUCAUAUGAUGUGA